AGCCUCAGGCCUCUAUAUAAAUUUGUUUAUUACCAUCAACAAUGAAACCACUAUUAACCGAAGCAAUGAAGCCACUAUUAACCGACCUUGUAUCCACCGUGAGCUCCGUUCCACCAAAUUUCAUCCGACCUGAAUCAGAACGUCCAAACCUCCACGACGUUAUCUCCGAUCAUUCCAUCCCCGUCGUUGAUCUCCAACACCUUGAUGGCCCCAACCGCUCCACUGUCGUCAAAGCCAUUGGCCAAGCCUGCCAAGAUUAUGGUUUCUUUCUGGUUAAAAACCACGGCGUUUCAAACGAGGUGAUCGAUAAGAUGAUGCAUGUCUCGAAAGAAUUCUUCCAUUUACCGGAGAGCGAGCGAUUGAAGAACUACUCCGAUGAUCCGAUGAAGAAGACGAGACUUUCCACGAGUUUCAACGUGCGAACCGAGAACAUAUCGAGCUGGAGGGAUUACUUAAGACUCCAUUGCUACCCUUUGGAGGACUAUGUUCAUGAAUGGCCAACCAACCCUCCAUCUUUCACAGAAGACACUUCCGAGUACUGCAAGAACACCAGGAGGCUGGCACUGAGACUGCUGGAAGCAAUAUCAGAAUGCUUAGAGCUGGAAAAGGAUUAUAUCAAUUCGGCACUGGGAAAGCACGCGCAGCACAUGGCGAUCAACUACUAUCCAAAGUGUCCCGAGCCGGAGCUGACUUAUGGGCUACCCGGUCAUGCCGAUCCUAAUGCCAUCACCAUUCUCCUUCAAGAUGACGUGCCUGGUCUGCAGGUUCUUAAAGAUGGAAAGUGGAUUGCUGUCAACCCUAUUCCUCACACCUUCAUUGUCAACAUCGGUGACCAGAUACAGGUAUUGAGCAAUGAUCGGUACAAGAGCGUGCUUCAUCGGGCAGUGGUGAAUUGCGAAGGGGAGAGGAUCUCUAUUCCGACGUUCUAUUGCCCGUCACCCGAAGUCAUGAUACGACCAGCUCCGCAACUGCUCGACCCCGUCCAAAAUCCUCCCAUCUACAGAAACUUUACAUACAGUGAAUACUACGAUAAGUUCUGGAAACGGGGUCUCAACGCUGAAACAUGUUUAGACAUGUUUAAAAUUUAAGUACCUUGGUCCUUAUGUUUUAUGUACUAUUCAUG